UAGAACUGACAUUUAUCUUUCAAUUACAGCCAACUUCAAGCGAAUUGCUCGCUGUCAAAAAUUCUUGGUUGCAUCACAAUUUUGUGAAAAAGUUUCUUUCCUAAACUUAAAAUUGAAAAUGGCCUUCAAAAACUUUUUGAGCGGCUUUAUUGCCAUGCCAGUUGUCCGCGCUGACGAUGAAGAAGAAUUAGUUGACCCACAGACUACUUUAAGGGAACAAUGUCAAGCUAAGGGAAACAUUGAAGCUCUUUACAAUAAGUAUCAGGCAUGUAACGAUCGUGUCAACAGCCGCUCAAAGACCACCGAAACUUGUAUGGAAGAACUUUUUGACUAUGUCACCGAAUUGGAUCAUUGUGUAAGCCACAGUCUUUUCUCUAAGCUGAAGUAAACUUGAUGAUUUGGCCAACAACAGUUAAAAUUUAAAUGGAUUGAUGAUGGAUGUCAACAUUCAGCCAACCAGUUAAAUUUGUUUUCAUUUCAGGGCCAUGAGCUUUGCUUUGGCUUUAAUUAGAUCCUAAUAAAAAAGUUGCAAAACUGAAACAUUGAAA